AUGUCCUACGGAUACAAUGCAGACACUGUCUUUAGCACGUCAGUGGUCAAUAUUAACAUCACUGCCAAUGAUUUACUCGUCAGGUUAAACGGGGAACAAAACUCGCUUGAGAGGCCACUCUUCGAAAGACCAAUCUUAUUCGUUGCUCAUAGCCUUGGUGGUAUCAUUGUGGAGAAAGCAAUCCUUAAUGCUAACGAACAAAACAACUAUGCUGACUUACGUCGACGUAUGAAGGCCCUAGCUUUCUUUGGUGUGCCUCAUCAUGGAGCAACUCUCGCAACCUAUUAUGACCGUCUGUUGCAAUAUACGUUCCUUGGCUUCAUCAGCAACUGGAAUUAUAUCUACGCUCUAAGGGCCGGUUCAAGCGACUUGGCGGAUAUAUCUGAGCGGUUUAGGUCUCAAAUCCCUUCGUUCGAGAUCCGGACUUUCUUUGAGACUGAAACAACAAGCGGCUAUUGGGUAGUAAGGAUGGAUGCAGCUAGGCUGGGGAAUGAGAUUCCCAUUGCUGUAGCAGAUUCCAACCACAUAACAAUGUGCAAAUUCGAUCCGGAUUAG